CUUUUCUUUUGGCGGAACUAAAGGAAGCCGAUAGCGAUGGCGGCGACCUUGUGCGUAGCAUGGUGUUCAUAACAGCUUAACGAACGAAAAUGCUUGUAUAUCCACCACACGAAGUGUCAGUUUGCUGUUUAUAGUGUCUGUUUCAAAGUUAACAUCAUGAUCUCCGUCAUCAAGGCUGCUGUCGGCGGAUUGGCCGGUAUCUGUGGAGCUCACGGUCAUCUAGGUCAUUUACGCAGCCACUCAAAAGUCCUGACUGCAGGGCUGAAGACAUAUGAAGUCCCUCCUGACUAUAGUGAUGUGGUGUUGCCAGAAAGACUCAAACUGAAGUUUUUGAACAAGGUGCCUAACUUAAAAAAGGCCAAGAAAGAGAUGAAGAGGCUGCGGGACAUCCGAGGCCCAGCUCUGGAGGCAAAUACCUUCACUACGGGACAGUAUGCUAUUGUGGCCAUGGGAGGGGGCUACAUUCAUUGGGGUCACAUAGAGAUGAUUCGUCUAACCAUCAAUCGCAAGAUGGAUUCCCAGACUACGUUUGCCCGCUGGCGCAUCAACUCCCCAUAUAAGCCCAUAACAUCUAAAAGUCUGGGUCAUCGCAUGGGUGGGGGCAAGGGAGCCAUCGACCACUAUGUAACACCUGUCCGCUGUGGACGUUUAAUCGUGGAAGUGGGAGGAAAGGUGGAGCUGGGAGAGAUUGAACAUAUCUUGACUGAAGUGGCAAAGAAGCUACCCUUUCCUGCCAAGGUAAUGACCAGAGAGAGCUUAGCAGACCUACAAAAGAAGCAGGCUGAGAUGGAGCAGAACAACCAAAAUCCCUGGACCUUCAAGCACAUAGUGCAACGCAAUAUGCUGGGCAUCAGGAAGGUGGUCAGCCCCCUUGACCUUCACUAUCACGGACGUUUCACAGGCAAAUUUCACUUCCCGGGGAGGGUGUGACAGUCCUGGACAGAAAUCAAUGUGGUGUCGUACUGUGACACCAACCUCUUUUUGUUUUUGUUUUUUUUUAUACAUACACUUACUAGUGAAUUUCACAUUUUGUUAAAUGUGUUUUUUUGUUUUCUGUUUAAAAAACCCCUAAUAAACCAGAUUAUGUAUUUCA